AUGCCUAAGGAAAUUGCCGACAUCAAGCAGUUCAUCGAGAUCUGCCGCCGCGAGGAUGCCAAGUCUGCGCGCAUAAAGAAGUCGAAGAAGGCCCCUCAGACCAAAUUCAAGGUCCGAUGCUCUAAGCUUCUGUACACGCUGGUUCUCAAGGACUCCGACAAGGCUGAGAAGCUGAAGCAGAGCCUGCCUCCCAACUUGCAGAUCAAGGAGGUUCCUAAGAAGAACAAGAAGGGCAAGCACACCGCAUAA